AUAUAAACCCUAACAUAAAUUCAUGUGAGAUUUUUUUCAAACAACAUAUAAACCCUAACCAGGCCAGGGUUUAAACACCCACCCAAACAGAAACACAGGGUCUCCUUAAACCCUAGCAAUCCAAUCGCUAAAAAUCCAAUUAUAAUGGCUUUCUGGGGAAUCGAAGUGAAACCUGGAAAACCGUACACGCAUUCAUCCAAAAACGGUGGUAGCGGACGCCUACGAAUUUCUCAGGCAACAUUGGCUGUUGGAAAUGCAACACUGAAGAGUUUGGUGCAAUGCAACGUAGGGGAUAAACGCCCCGUUCUUUUAUGUGCACUUCUGCCUAAUAAGACGGAAUCAUUGCAAUUAGAUUUGGAAUUUGAUGAAGCUGAAGAUGUAAUGUUUUCUGUUAUCGGUCCACGUGGCGUGUACCUCACUGGUUACUAUGUUGGUCACAACCGACAUUCAAAUAUGCAAGAUGAUUCAGAAUCAUUUGGAGAGGAUAUUGCAAAUUCCGAUACACAUGAAUCAAAUCGUUGUAGUGAUGAGGAUGAAUACGAAGAUAGCUUUAUUAACGAUGAUGAACCUGAACCUCUUACACCUUCUCCUGUUUCAAGUAACAAAGAUGACGAUGAUGAUAACGAUGAUGAUGAGGGGGAUAUUACAAAGAACAGAAAUGGGAAUGGUCGUCUUAAAAGACUCAAAAAGAGGUAUCAGUCGAUAGAAUCCGACGAUGAAAUGAGUGUACCCGAGAGUAAUGAUGAAGAUGAUCAUCCAAUUUCAUCCAAAUGCAAGAACAAUAAGUCAAAAGCGUCGGGUGACCAAGUCAACAAAGAAACGCUUGCUGAGGUGGACAAGAAGACAAAAAGUAACGAUGAUAAGUUGAAGUCAGAUGCUGAAGUAACACCAGUAAGAAAAUCAAAAAGAAAUAAGAAAAAGCAAGAGUCCGUUAAAGAGGAAAAGGCUACUGAUGUGUUGGCUACUAAAGAUGAUCAAAAACCUAAUGAAAUGGGCGAGCUGUUGACUUCUGCUGACGUGGACUCUGAAAAGAAGUCGAAAAAGAAGAAAAGAAAAGGACGUAGUGAAGUAAAUGUUGACGGUACAGACAACAAUCUGCUUGCAGGAAAUAAACAAAAUGAUGAUCAACAUGAAGCUAAUGGAAACCAGUCAGACGAGAAAAAAGUUAAAAAGAAAAGGAGAAAAGCGAGUAAAACACAAGAGAUUGAUGGAAACACAAACGCUGAUGUUGAAAAAGAAAAUACUAAACAGUCUCCAACGGAACCCGAAUCAUGCAACAAAAAGACAUUAUCUAAUGGACUUGUAAUUGAAGACCUUGUGACAGGCAACUCUAAAGGAAAAGUGGCUGCUGCUGGAAGAAAGGUUAAGGUUCAGUAUGUUGUAAAAUUAAAAGAUAAUGGACACGUCGUAAGUUCAAAUGGCGAUACUCCCCAUAAGUUUCGGCUAGGUGACAAAGACGUUAUAGAGGGGUUGAACGUUGGUCUAGAAGGUAUGCGGGUCGGUGAUAAAAGAAGACUUACUAUCCCGCCAUCAAUGAGUUUGGGGUAUAAAGGAGAUGGUGAGAAUGUACCCCCAAAUUCAUGGCUGGUGUAUGAUGUAGAAAUGACUAGCAUCCAUUGAUACGCCAUUCUUGAAGUUGAAGAACCAAUGGUUAAGGCUGUGAUUCAUAUGGACUCGGAAAGUUUUGCUCUUUGUGUUGUUUUUGGGUCUAUCAUUGCAAUCCCUUUUUGUUGAGAAACAUCAUGCCCAAAAGUUGAGGUUGGUUUGAUGGGAAAUUUUGUUACGGUAUACGGUAUUGACAUAUAUGUAUCAUUGCAAUCUCUUUUUGUUGAGAAACAUCAUGCCUCCAACUUGAGGUUGGUUUGGUGGGAAAUUUUGUUACAGUAUACGUUAUUUCUCGA